GUCUCUCGUUGACUCCCGUUCGGUAAAGUACCGAUUACCGAACGUCUGUGCCAAUGUUUAUCGUAAUGUUUACAAAUAUGGCGUGUAGUUAGCAAUUUCUCACUGUUUAAGCAAGUAUUAUAAACAAGUUAUUUUAGGGAAACAUAGAAAGAUUUAUUUUUCAUUUUUUGGAAAAAUUUUGUGAUACAUUUUUCUGUGGUGUGUUUUGUGUAUGUGAUUUACUAUGUAUUGCGUAGAGAAAAUUUGGACACCAAGGCUUUAAUUUCGACGGUGACCCAAACACCACGUCAACAUGGCUCAAAAUAACGGCAACUCCUCAAUGGAAAUGGGGACCAGUGACCAGGUCCUGGUUGCCACAAAGAAGUCGAAGAAAGCCGUAUAUGCAGUUGGGUUUGUAGCCAUGUUGGUUGCGAUCGGUGUAGUCAUUACGUUAGUCGUAGUUCUCACGGGUAAUGAGGGAGAUGCGGCUCCACCGAUAGUUACAACAGAAGGACCAACUUUCCCCACAACAACCCCAACAAUACCUACGACAACAACAUCGACAACGACUCCAACAACAACGACAACAGAAGCGCCGACAACUUUACCUCCGCCCCCAGAAAUUGAACUGGAAGAUGUUAUUAACGGUGAAUACUCUGCAUCAACUUUUAACGGAACUUGGAUUUCAGGAAAUGAAAUAUUAUUUAAGGACAGCAACAACAACCUAAUGAUAUACGACGUUGACAGUGGCCCAAAGAUUCUUCUCAGCAACGAGUCUCAAAUAUUGCAGCAGUCCUUCCGUGUGUCAUCAAUUUCACCCGAUCGCAACUUCGUGGUGCUUUCAUUCGACGAAGUUUCGGUUUACAGACACAGUUUCAACGCACGUUACGCUGCUGUUAACGUCGUCACUAGUGAAGUCAUCAACAUCGGCCCCCCAGAUGUGGCAGCAGAAAACGCAACCUUACAGAACUUCGUGUGGGGGUCUAUAGGGACCUCCCUAUCCUUCGUAUACGCCAACGACGUGUACUACCAACAAAAUUUGACGUCCCCACCGCAACAGUUGACGACAUCUGGUCUGGAGAAUGUCAUCUAUCAUGGAGUUCCUGAUUGGGUGUACGAGGAGGAGGUGUACGGUUCCAACAACGCGAUCUGGUUCGCAAAGAACGGCGCGAAGAUGGCGUACGCAACGUUCAAUGACACCGAAGUCCGUGUGAUGAACAUACCACACUUCGGUACUCCUGGAUCUGUCGACGCUCAAUACACCACUCAUCGAGACAUUCGCUAUCCCAAGUCUGGUACUACAAACCCAUCAGUGAGGGUCACCCUACGGGACUUUGCAGCAAAUAGUGAUACAGUUUUCGAAGCGCCAACUGAUCUUGAAGAGCCAAUUUUGAAGACUGUAACAUUUGUGGGAAACGACAGAAUCGCUGUUAUGUGGACAAAUCGAGUUCAAACGUCAUUCAGAAUCGACUUAUGUUCAGAGGCAACUGAAACAGUACCUGCCGCUUGUAACGCGAUCUACAGAUAUACCGAAAACGACGGUUGGAUAGACAACAUACCUUUGCUGUUCAAUAGUCAAGGAAAUGCAUUUAUCACCAUUUUGCCAGCAGCAGUCAACGGUGUUCGCUACAAGCAAAUCGUGCGAGUGAAUGAGGGCACCGUCCUGUGGACUUCUGAGAAUCUCAUCAACACGGCACACACUGUUCUCGAAAUUUUACUGUGGACUGACGAUAACAUUGUUUGGUACAAAGCAACUGGUGUGACAGACAGGGCAGAGCAACACAUUUACAGUGUGAGCCCCACGAAGGAAGUUGCAUGCUUUACAUGCACUAUCGUUCGUCCCGACGGUAAACAGUGUCUGUACAAUGAUGCAACAAUAAGCACCGGUUCCAAUGUCAUCGUCAACUGCGGCGGACCUGAGUUACCACAGGUCUUAAUCUAUGAUAAGAAUGGUAAAUUAAUAUCAGUAUGGGAGGACAACUCGAGGGUGGCAGCCUUGUUGGCAGUACAUACAGUGCCAUUGACAAUUCGUCGAACAAUUUACGGCAUUGGACAGAUAGAACCUGACGUGUUGAUUCAAGUACCAAGAGACUAUCAGUCUCGCACUAAUAUACCACUGUUGGUUUAUGUUUAUGGAGGUCCAGACACUGCUCUAGUCACUAAACAAUGGACCCUGGACUGGGGAACGUCUCUAGUCAACCGCUACGGCAUUGCAGUAGCCCGUAUCGAUGGACGAGGCUCCGGUCUGCAAGGCGUAGACAAUAUGUUUGCGGUGAACAGAAAACUUGGUACCGUUGAAAUCGAGGACCAGAUUACUGUUACCAGCUUUCUCCAGAAAAACCUGGAUUGGGUGGACAGUAACCGCACUUGUAUCUGGGGCUGGUCUUACGGAGGGUACGCCGCGUCUUUGGCAUUAGCUCGCGGUGGUGACGUGUUCAGAUGUGCCAUCGCCGUUGCUCCGGUGGUCGACUGGAAGUUCUAUGACACCAUCUACACGGAGAGAUACAUGGACACUCCACAAAACAACCCUCAAGGCUACGCGAACUCGUCGCUCUUGACCGACGACGUGGUGGAGGCAUACAGAAACAAACGCUACUUCCUCGUGCACGGCACGGAAGAUGAUAACGUGCAUUAUCAGCACGCCAUGCUGAUCUCCAGACUGCUACAGAGGCGGGACGUCUACUUCCAUCAAAUGAGUUAUACAGACGAGGAUCAUGGUUUGGGCGGCGUGAGGCCGCAUCUCUACCACGCAUUGGAGAAGUUCCUAAAAGAAAACAUGUUUUAGAGGCUACGAGGGAAGUAUUUAAUUAGACGUAUUUUCUUAGGAAGAAUUAAUGUUUCUUAAAAUCCAUUCCAAUUAAGUAUUGUUACUAUUAAUAGCUCAUAGAUGUUGCCAUUUGAGUACCUAAUGUAAGAAGACUAAAUGUGAUGAGACAAGAUAGAAGACACCAUAGGGAUUAUUUUUAUCCAGAAAACAACGAAACUAGAUACAAAAAUUAUAGACCUUCUAAAGUUAGAUAAGUUUACCAGUGAAAAUGAAUUGUACGUAAUGUUUUUUUAAAAGAUGUCAAUGGUGAAACCACAAGAAAUGUAAAAAGUAAAAGUGAUUUCCGGCUGUUGGAUGAAUUUCACACCCUAAUAACACAGGCAUUUCGCCUAUUUGGAGAAAAAUAUAUUAUACGUUGGCAGGCGUCCACAGAUUCACAUCGUAAUGCGUAUUGGACAUAUCGCAUUUAACGAAUUUUUAAUUUUACAGUAGAAAAAUUUGUUCGAUGCGACCCGUACUAAGUGGAUUAGUGAACACACUGUUAUGAAUUUCUAUUCUGUACUAAAAUUCGUUAUAAACGAUGCGUCCGAUACGUACGAUCCAGACGGAUAUGGAUCUGUGGACGCCUGACAUAAAUAAGUCGUUUUAAUAACAGUUCGUCAUUAUGUACUUAAUAAGUUAUAAUAACUUGAAAAUAUUUGUGUACCUACCUCACUUUAAGAUAUAUAAAGUUUGACUAAUUGAAACAAAUUUUGGCUUUUAACUAUGAAUUACGAGUACGUGUUUUUAGUAAUUAGAAGACUACGGAUUCGAAUUAAAAUACACAAAUUGUCAAGUAAUAGACCCACCUAAGCCUUUGCAAAAAAUGUGCAAGUUUUAUAGUGUAAUAAAGUUUGCUCAAAAAAAUCGAUAACCAAUAAAAUUCACAUUGAAAAACCUAGCGUUAAUUAAUAGGAAUAUUGUAAAUAUAAUAUUGUUAAAUACUAUUUUAGUCUUACUUGAAUGUUGCCAAAUAAUAUAAUGAUACAGUAUGAAAAUAUGAAAAA